GCUCUUGUAAAAGGCCCGCUUUUUAUUGAAACUGAUAAUAUGGAGGUGGCUAAAGUUGACUAUAGCAUCCACUGCACUUCUUCCGGAGAAGUGUUUAUUAGAGCGAGUGCUGAGACAGUUAUUUUGCCAUCCCUGGAGAGCCAGCAGAUAUGUGGUCCGCUCCCUAUACCGCGAACUGUUCGUUGUUUACCCAACCUCGGAAGAGGGCAACUGAUGGCGGUGCUCGAUAGCAUUCCGCCGGAUCAUCUCUUCUCAUACGAAGAAAUGAGAUUCUACUGGAACAAUUGCUACGGAUACGACUUGCCAUUGGAGGAGCCACGAAUAUAUUACGAAGUUCGAUUUGGUGGCCUCGGCACAUUUCUUUAUCCAGAUUAUUGCGUUCUCCAAUCCAAACCGUUACCUCUGAAACCUCAGUACGCUCACGUAUCCGCCGCAUCUGCUCUGGAAGAGUUUACAUCUAAACUACUCGCUGGAAAUCGCAUGAUCUGUGGCGAGCGAGUCCAGUUGACUGGGACCGGAAAUUUCCCCCAUUUGCCUGCUUCUCCUAAAGGUGGUUCAAGCAGAAAAGUGAGUCUUGAUUUUGGACCGUUUGAUUCAUUAUAUUCUGGUUCUGACGUUCCACUCAACAUGCGCCCAAUAUCUGGGACCAAUAUUUAUGCAAAGCCACCAGUUUCUUCUGAAACUCCGGGAAAAUCUGAGAUGCCAAUAAACCAUCUGACGUGUGUGGAAGCUGAUUUAGCGAAGAGGGUCAGAAAAAGGAAAAUCAGCAUUGAUUAGCGUGCAUCCAAACAUUACGAAAGUUGCUUCCACGUCCAUCAACUCUGUUCCUUCAAGCUCUUCUGUACAAUAGAGUUUCUGUUUACCCGACACGUUUUGAAGAAUUGAGAGUGUAUAGUAACUGUAAUCCGAUUUUAGCGCUUAUGUGUAAUUACAUACUGUAACAUCUCUAAAUCACAGCAUUAUCAAGUUUUCGUGUGAUAUAUGGUCUGUGUUA